AUGAAUCACCGCACCACGCUGUUCGUGUACAGCAACGAGAAAGCAGUUUUUGACGCGCUGCGGGCCAAAGACACCAUCGUUGUUCCAGCGUCGAAAACGUCGCCUCUUGCCAGGGAAGACCGCAUCGAGAUAGACGUCUCCCUGCUGAAACCAGAGUACCGCGACAUUCUGGCUAAGUUGCAACUGCUCAAUGUCCAGCUGGGCAGAAAACGCAACGAAAAGCCACAGUUUACGAUAUUCAGCGACCACGAGAGCCAACCGGCAGGGGUGCGUAUUGACGUUGCUCCGCAAACUGCCCGUAACAUGGCCCAGUACGAGAAGAUGUCGCAACUGGCUGUUGAUAUGGUUCUGAGGCUGAUCCGUGUGAACCAGAACACUGCACCAUAUUUCUUUGAGGAGUGGUACCGGGCGUAUCUGUUUGAAGAGCCGGAUCUGGAGGUAUCUGCCUUGAGGAUGUGGAAUACGCUAGUUGGGGAAGCUUUUCCGAUCACUUCGGCGGAACUGCAACAAGCAACAUCUAUGGAGCUUAUUCUCGACGGAGACAAGCUUCGGUUUCUAUUUUACUGGCCCUUAGUUGACCACCGACUGGAGUUUGCCAGAGACAAGCGGGAGAUCGGCGUGUUCUAUCUCGACUCUCUGCCAGGCGACUACGACCUGAGCAUCAGCGGAGCGCGUGUUCGCGGCAACUCCAAGUUUGUGCCGACAUCGCUGUAUGUGAACUCGUUCCACACCCAGCUACCUGGCGUUUCUGCUGAACACGCUUUUGUAGAGCCUACAGGGCUGCAUCCAAAGUACAAGGUGAGUGUUUCAGGCAAGAAUGAGGCUCCAAAAUCGACGUGUCGACUGAUUUUCGAUCUAGACAUUCCGUCCACGUAUAUCGUCGACAGGUACCAAUUGGCGUGGUUCGAUGACAUUUUCAGGAACGUGUCGGUUUUCGGCCACAGCAACCUGGAAUUGCCAAGCUACAAAGUUUCGGAAGGGUGUUCGCUGCGUGUGGAGUUAGACCCAGACGUGCGGGAGUUCGAGAUACCUCUACAUCUGAGAUACGGCGAGCCAUUGCGCCGGGUGAAACCGACCGGGUUGGGUGCCGGAGAUCUGUAUUGGGACUGUGAUUCCGAUCCCGAGACAGAUUCCUUAAUCCGAGGCAGCUUCAUGCACGAGAACCGAAUAUUGGAGCGCACACACUGGCAGAUGUUCCAUAUCGGCAGCCAGGGCCCGAACUACCUGGAGGCUAUGCUGCCUGUUGGCGAUGUGGGGGACAGCCGUGUGGUGGAGGCCGGCACGCUGGCGCUGGUGUCGGUUUUUGCCGUAUGGCUUGCCAAAAUAUUCUGGCAGAUUUGAUUCGUGAUGGCUCUAGAAACCUUUCAACAAUAACCGAGCGCAGCGUGUGGCUUUGCGGUUUCAAUGGCUGCGAAAAAAUAUUUCUAAAAUUGUCUGCUGGAAUUUGAGAGGAGUCACAAGUCUGCCGAAAUUACUACAAUCCACUCACCACCAUGCCGAGCCGUCCUAUGGAGCAAGGCGUUGGUCUACGGCGGCGAGAGUCGGUCUCUUCGACAAGCUCUAUGCGCAGCGUUCGGUCCAUGACCACGCCGCGCGAGCUGAGCACCGACUCGUUACUGGUGAUCGAGGAUCGUUUCGUUCGCAAGCCACGGGCCCAGAAAAUGCGCUGGCCGGACCCCAGACCACAGCCCCAGCUCUCCACACGCAUAUCUUAUCCUCCGGUCUCUGCUGGCCGCUCAAUGUACUACUUUCCGAACGGCGAGGUUUUCAGGCCACGGAUGCAACCACGGCCCAAGUCAGCCAAACACAAUUCCCUACCCAACAUGGCCAGCAUGCAGGUCACGCAGCGGCAGCCGCCGUCUCUACCUCCUCCGGCCACUGUCCAGGAGCACCACCCGGCCCCUGAGACGCGGCAAAUGCCUCAAAUAUCCAAUCAGCCCACGGGAUCGAGUGCGUCUUCAGCCUCGCCGUCGUCGUCGGUGGACCACAGCACGCCGGCGUCGUCCAUCACGUGCAGCGAGGAGGAGGAGACGGACGACAAGAAAGGGCUGAAGAGGAUGUUCAGCAAGCUGCUCCGCAAGGAUAAGAAGCUCAGCAAAGGAGUCGAGCCGCACGCGUCUAAAAAUAACGUGAGCAACGAUAUCUCGUUUGAGUGUCUGUCGCUGUCGACAGGGCUGAGCGACGACAGCAGCAGCUUCAUAGCGGGCGACGACCGGCCCCUAGACGGCGGCGACCUGGACUCGGAGCUGGACUACAUCUCGUCGAUCAUCGGGAUUGGAGAAACGUCGUUUUUUGACGAUCUGGGCCAGGACAAGCUCAUCAAGCGCGAGUCGCUGAGGAUGAAGUCUCUGGAGAAACAGAAGUCGCUGAGCAGGAAGAACACGCUCGACUCGCAGGCAACGUUCGACGCGACAGAGCAUUGCGACAGCGCAAAGCGGCGCACUUUCGGCAACGGCGAGUUCGAAGUGGUGACCACCAACAGCAUCAAGGAGCCAGCAAAGUCGUGUGCCGUGGCGAGGUCUGCACUGAGCUCACGGUCGGCGAGUCCUCAGCGCGUGUCUUUCUCCGACAAGAUCUACCUUAAUGAGACGUUUUCUGCCGAUCAUUACGUGCGAUUUAAUAGAGGCCUCAAGCACACCUACUCGCAACUGGCAAGAAACCCUGCGCAGAUCAGGGAGAUCCGGGCAGAGCUGAAUCAUUACAAAUUACAUGAGAUGGCCGUUCACGAACAGUCUAGAGAGUAUACGCAUUAUUUCCGAACUGCAUAAUAUAUUUGACCAAUGUUCUUUCAUUUAGGACCCCCUGUAGGUGGAGUAGCCGUAGUUGCUGAGCAACAAAGGCACAUGGUAGUGGUUGUCUGGCGGGUUUGGCACCUCGAACGUGAUAUCGAUGAAGGGGAAGAAUGUCUUUCCGUCGCGCUCCAGAAAGUAGUUUUUCGUGUGAAAGCGUAUCUGGUACACUCCGGAAGCCAGACCAGUCCACUGGUUGUUUUCAAAGCCGACGCUUUUGAGCAACUUGCCGUCUGAGGCUUUCGGCACCCAUUCAGCAACUCGGCCGUCCGAGUUCGUGCGGGCCGUCGCAAAAUGCUCGAAAGUGUCCUUCAGAACGCGUAUGUCGCACUCAACGUUGGCCGCUGGCUGGCCCAGCGUGGUGUCCAAAAUAUGGCAGGUGAUUGGAGGC